ACCAUUUACUAUCAACCUGCGUUAUCACUGGGUCUCUUUCUGAGAUGUCACUGCGCUUGCGCAUUUCUGGGAUCAAUUAAAAAUCAACCAAUCCUGGGUCGAAUAUGCAGAGAAGUUGUCAAGCUCACCACUGUAUACGUUUUACCCUAAUUAGGGUAGGGCCGUAGGACCAACUUUAGAGUUUUUUGGGAAUACCAACGUUUGGGUUUUACCAAGCUAAUAGGCCUGUUUUAUCACGAUUAUACAAGUCAAUAUGGUCAACAGCAAAACUGUGAAAUAGCGAAUUACAAUGGACACUUUCGGCGUCGUCUUUGAAGCCGACGAACAAUUCAUACGUGUGACAUUCUGUUCUUCCAACGAAGGAGACUGGGCGUGGUCUUGGCGUGAUUCAGAUGACACACAUCGUCUCGUUGACGUUCCUCCUUACGACACCAAUGGUAUAUCUAGGCAAUCUACAUACUUUUCAUCGCCAACCUUCUCGUCGGAAUCAACUGUGAAAACUGGUAGCAUUCCACACCAGCCUUCAGAUAGCCAUCUUGCCAGCCCUGGUUUCAUUGGACCUGAUUUAGCGAUGGGUUACGACCAGGAUCGAUUUCUAGGACCAAUCAAAGAUGGUCUCAUGUGCAGCAUCUGUAAGGAUGUCCUGGAGGAGCCACUACAAGCACCGUGUGAACAUGCCUUCUGUGCAACAUGUAUCCAUGGCUGGCUUGUCCAUGAGAGAACGUGUCCAGAGGACAGACAGAAUCUCGAGGAAUGUGACCUUCGACCUCUAUUCCGGUACAUGCGCAAUGACCUGAACAAACUUCGACUUCGAUGUGUGAAUGCCGACAGCGGUUGCUCUGAAGUUUGCAGUCUUGAAGUCCUGAGCAGACAUGAAUCAGAAUGUUCCUUUGGAACCGCCGAAUGCCCGAACCGAGCACGGGGUUGUGAAGAAAUUCUGGAGCGUCGUCUGUUGGAUUCCCAUUUAGCCAAUUGUAGGUACCGUAGCUCCAAGUGUCCAAAUGGUUGUGGGCUAACUAUUCUCAGCUCAGAACUCGAAUCCCAUAAUUGCGUGUCUGAACUUAGAACCGAACUUGAGCUCUUGAGAUCGGAGAUGAUCUGUAAGCAGGAGGAUCUUCGACAUGAGAUGCAGUUGAGGCUCGACUCGCAGAGAGCCCAUAUGGUUGAGAAAGUGGGCACCAUGCACCAAACAAUGGACCAACUCAGAGGAGACAUCACAAGUCUCCAGCAUGAACUCCGUGUAAUGAACGCCCUGGAGACCCAGAGGAGACAGCACAUGGAGGCCCUGGAGCUGGAGCGGAAGGAGCUGAAGGAGCUCCUUAAAUCUAUUAACGAGGGAGAGACGGCUCGUAGUACGUGUAGGGUGUGUAAAAAGACAGAGAUGGUUACAGCGCUAUAACAUAAGAUCUUAACCAGGACGUCAGACCAAAAGAAUUGCCAACAAAUCAUUCAUCAAGAAAGCUAGCUGCUGCCUGAUAUAUGCAUUUUUAGAAUCCUUAAUACCUCAUUCAUGAUUGUAGAUUAUAUCUAAAUUCGAUUAUAUUGUAGGCCUAUGCAAUAUCAAUUAGGCCUACGAGACUCGAUGUGUUUAAACUAUAUUUCAUUCAGAAAGGUUAUGCAGUUCAAAGAUGUAUAAGAUUGAGAGUGAAAGGGGGGAAAUGUAAGAUUUUUCCACAAAUGAAACCAGAAUUAACUUGCGAAAUAUUGAUUUUAAUGUGGGGAGCAUUUCAUCAACGUGUUUGUUCGACAAGUCAGAUCUGACAACAUUCCUUGAUUU